CGACGCCUAUCACCGCCAACUUGGUCCAUCGAUCCAAGUCGCCCGCCUCACAACCCGCGCCCGCGUACAUAUACAUAUAUAUAUAUAUAUACUCGCGUCACAACUUGACCAUGUCUGGAGGCGAGGUUACCCCAUCCCCUGGGAUUGGCGGCAGUAAUGCCAGCGAGUUUGUCCGCAAACUGUAUCGAAUGCUCGAGGACCCUGCGCAUCAAGAAGUCGCCCGAUGGGGCAAGGAUGGCGAUACUUUUGUGGUGGUCGAGAACGAAAAGUUCACUCGAUCAAUCCUACCCAAGCACUUUAAGCACAGCAACAUGGCCAGUUUUGUUCGUCAGCUUAACAAGUAUGACUUUCAUAAAGUGAGGCAGACGAACGACACCGGCUCCUCAGCAGGCGGCGCAAACACCCUUGAGUUCAAGCAUCCCAACUUCAAAGUCGGGAGCAAAGAUGAUCUCGACAAUAUUCGCCGGAAAGCGCCCGCACCCAGAAGAACUCAGGCUACGGAAGAUUUCACCACAAGCCACCACAUUAGUGUCUUGACCGAACAGCUCACUGCAACACAACAGCAGGUGCAGCAACUCCAGGAAUUGUUCACCGAGGUCUCUCAGACAAACCGACUGCUGGUCAAUGAAGUGUUGACGCUUCAAAAGAUGCUGAACGCUCAGAAGCAAUCCCAGCAUGAGAUGCUCAACUUCAUGUCAUCAAGCGACAGGAACAAUCGCCACCAGCAGUCGAUGCAUCUCAGCGUCGGUACCUCACCAUUGGAUGGAGAUGAGUCGGCGCCCGAGCUUCGACGGGCACGGGAGCUUCUGUCUAGCGUGACUCCUGACUCUAUUGCGGACCGAGAGCUAGAACGCCUCCAAGGCGUUUACGGAUCGCCCGCCGACUCGGCGGUCGUGAUUCCCCAGGCCUCGAUGCCCAUGAUGCAUGAUCCGAUGAACGAUAUUAACCGAUACCCUGUGUACCCAGUAGGCCAGACUGUCGGCAUCGACCCCUUCCACUCCGACCAUAUCCAUAAGAUCCCCUAUGCCAUGCCGAACGACUCAAGUGCUGGUCCCAUGCAGGAGCUGCCCACUCCCCAGCCGAUCAACACCGCAGCCGCCGCGCCGACAAGCUCCAGCUCUUCUUCCAAUACCUCGGCACUCUUGUGGGGAGCCAGGAAGCCAAGAAUCUUCCUUGUCGAAGAUGACCCGACUUGCUCAAAGAUUGGUAUCAAGUUCCUGAAGUCCAUGGGAUGUGAAGUUGAACAUGCUCAAAACGGUGCGGAAGCCUAUAGCCGGAUUACGAGUGUUGGCCGGGAUCAUUUCGAUAUGAUCUUCAUGGAUAUUAUCAUGCCCAGGUUAGAUGGUGUCUCGACAACCAUGUACAUUCGCCAGGAUUGUCCCUCCAUUCCCAUUGUCGCCAUGACAUCCAACAUCCGAUCAGAUGAAGUACACUGCUACUUUGAACACGGCAUGAACGGAGUAUUGGCCAAACCAUUUACCAAGAGCGGUAUGCUCAAGAUCGUAGAGAACCACCUGAGCUACCUCCUCAAGAACUAUGACCCGGCCACUCAGCAAGAAUCCGGGUCAGGUUACGUGGUCGGUGGCGCGGGCUACAUGAACCCACCUGGUAGCCUGAACACAUCCGGGACCACCACCUUCAAGUUUGAGACGACUCCCACUCCUCCGGCAACAGGCUCGACCUGGUCACCAGGACAGAUGCCACAGGCAUCUCCCAUGGCCACCGGGAUGGACCAAGGGUACGGUAUGGUAAACGGAACGGGCCAGUAUGGCAUGACUCCCACCAGCGCGACGCGGGCCACAUUCCCUGGCGGCGUUUCUCAGCCCCACGCGAACUCCCAGGGACGUUUGGAUAACCAAAGUCCCCCGGAAAAACGACAGCGCACCUAUGCGUGACGAAGCUGGAAGAUGGCAUCGUCCAGU